UGUUUAGAGUUUUCUUUUUCAUAUAAACACGUGCAAUUCUGGCACAACACUAAACCUACCGAAGAGAGAAUUUCAGCUGUGACCAUUUAUUAGUUUGAAAAUGUCACCUCCAGGAUUUACACCAAGAGGUCGCGGCCGAGGAGGCUUUGGGGAUAGAGGAGGAUUUGGAGACCGAGGUGGAAGAGGGGGUGGCCGUGGAGGUUUUGGGGGCCGCGGCGGAGGCCGUGGCGGGUUUGGUGACAGGGGUGGACGUGGAGGAUUUGGAGAUAGAGGUCGUGGUGGACGUGGAGGUCGAGGUGGUGGUGGACGUGGAGGUCGUGGUGGUAUGAGAGGAGGCUCAAAAGUAGCUGUGGAACCACACAGGUAUGAAGGAGUUUUCAUUGGCAGAGGUGGCAAGGAAGAUGUUCUGCUCACAAAAAACUUUGCAGUUGGUGAAUCUGUUUAUGGUGAAAAGAGGAUAUCUGUUGAGGAGGGUGAAACAAAGAUUGAAUACAGAGCUUGGAAUCCCUUCAGAUCUAAGUUAGCAGCUGCCAUUGUCGGAGGUGUGGGAGACAUUCACAUAAAGCCAGGAGCUAAAGUUUUGUAUUUGGGUGCAGCCUCAGGGACCACAGUCAGUCACGUUUCAGAUAUUGUUGGUGCAGAAGGUUUGGUUUACGCUGUUGAGUUCUCACAUAGGAGUGGUAGAGAUCUGUUAAAUGUUGCCAAAAAGAGGACAAAUAUUAUUCCAAUUAUUGAAGAUGCCAGACACCCACACAAGUACAGAAUGUUAGUUGGUAUGGUAGAUGUUAUAUUUGCUGAUGUUGCCCAGCCAGAUCAAGCAAGAAUUGUUGCUGUAAACGCCCACAGUUUUCUUAAAAAUGGUGGUCACAUUGUUAUUUCCAUAAAAGCAAACUGCAUUGAUUCAACAGCUGAGCCAGCAGCCGUCUUUGCUGGGGAGGUAGAAAAACUGAAGCAGGAGAAGAUUAAACCCAUUGAACAGUUGACACUAGAGCCAUAUGAGAGGGAUCACGCUGUUGUUGUUGGCAGAUACAGACCCCCACCUAAGAAAUAAAGCCCAGCACAAAGACAUACACCAUUAUUUUAUCGCCAGCUGUGCUAACUACCACCAGUUCUGUUGUUCAGAGAGAAAUAGAAAGUUGUUUAUUCUUGAAGGAUGUUAUCCAAGUGCCUCUUAGCUUGAGGACUGACAGACUCGCCAGUAUGAAAAACUAACUCACAUAAACCCAAGUUGUUUCAAGCACUAGAUUUAGUUUUCAUGAAUAAAUGAUCUGGUCUGUUUUACAUUCUAAUGUUUUCAAGGACUGUGUAAUUGAAGAUUAAUUAAUGGAAUCCUAAUCUUUUGUUUCAUGUCUGAGAAACUAAAAUUUUUACUUACACUGCUGUAAAUUCACAAUUUUUUAAAACUUAUUUCGUAGUUUAAUUUUAACAUUUGAAUGGCCAUUUUAUUGUAAAGACUGUUUACUUUUAGAAGAAUUGAUUGUCAGUAAGCAGCUGGGGUUGUUAGCAUUUAUACAUUCUGUACAUGUUAUUUGGACAUGUAUGUUGGACUUCUUGUAUAUAUCAUUGCAUCUUUUUAUGUCUGAAUACAGAACAGAUGAUUAAAAUAUGUUUUAGACAUGUU